AUGCUGCGCCUGACCUCCCUCCACGCCUCCAGAGCCGCGCGCCUGCCGCUCCCGCGGGCGCUGAGCGCGCGCUUCGCUUCUUCGCACCACAAGGUCUUCCCGGACGCCGACUCGGCGGUGCGGGACAUCCCGUCGCGUGCCAAGCUCGUCGUGGGAGGCUUCGGCCUCUGCGGCAUCCCUGAGAGCAGCAUCCAGGCGCUCGUGAAACAGGGAGCCAAAGACUUGACCUGCGUAUCCAACAACGCCGGCGUGGACGACUUCGGGCUCGGGCUGCUGUUGCAAACGCGCCAGGUUAAGCGAAUGAUCUCGUCCUACGUGGGGGAGAACGCGCUCUUUGAGAAACUUUACCUAACCGGCGAGUUAGAGGUGGAACUCACCCCCCAGGGCACCCUUGCCGAGCGUAUCCGCGCCGGAGGCUCUGGCAUCCCCGCCUUCUUCACGCCAACGGCGUACGGCACUAUCAUCCAGGAGGGCGGAUUCGCCAUCAAGCUCAAGGCCGACGGCUCCGUGGACAUCCCCAGCGCCCCGCGGGAGGUUCGCCAGUUCGAAGGGCGCAACUAUGUCAUGGAGGAGGGCAUCACGGGGGAUUUCGCCCUCGUGAGGGCCUGGAAGGGCGACACGGACGGCAACUUGGUGUUUAAGGGAACCGCGCGCAACUUCAACGUGGACGCGGCCAAGGCCGGCAAGAUUACGAUCGCCGAAGUGGAGGAACUGGUGCAACCGGGAGAGAUCCACCCAGAUGAGGUGCACCUGCCUGGUGUCUACGUGCAACGCGUGUUCAAGGCCACCAGCUCCGAGAAACGUAUCGAAAAGCUCACCCUCGCCAAUGCAAAGAAAUCGCAGCACAAGAUCUCGCCGGACCGCGAGCGCAUCAUCCGCCGCGCGGCCAAGGAGCUCAAGGACGGCAUGUACGUGAACCUUGGCAUCGGUCUGCCAACAUUGGCGUCCAACUACGUCCCGGACGGAGUGAAGGUGAUUCUGCAGAGUGAGAACGGGCUGCUGGGCAUGGGCCCGUACCCGAACGAAGGCGAGCAGGACCCGGACUUGAUCAACGCCGGCAAGGAGACCGUGACCUUCCUGCCCGGAUCCUCCACGUUCUCGUCGUCCGAGUCGUUCGCGAUGAUCCGCGGUGGCCACGUGCACUUGACCAUCCUCGGCGCUCUGCAAGUCGCGGAGAACGGCGACCUGGCCAACUGGAUCAUCCCGGGCAAGAUGGUCAAGGGAAUGGGUGGCGCUAUGGACCUCGUGGGCAGCGGCAACCGAGUCGUGGUCACCAUGGAGCACAACGCCAAGGGCGGCGCCAAGAAGAUCCUCAAGAGCUGCUCGCUGCCGCUCACUGGCAAGAGUGUGGUGAACACUAUCAUCACGGAACUCGGAGUGUUCGACGUGGUGCCAGGAAAGGGCCUCGUGCUGGUGGAAAUUGCCCCGACUACGACGGUGGAGGAAAUUCGGGAGCGAACCGAAGCGGCAUUCACCGUCUCGCUCGAUCUCAAGUCGAUGGACUAAGUGGUUAUGCGCACAGGAUUUCACCGCAAGUAUUUCAUCAUAAACUGGCUGAAGUCUUGAACAUGUUGAACGUAAAUUGAAACAACAAAAGUGUGUGAGGUUUCA